CGCUCCUUCCCCCUCCCCGACGUAAACUGGGAUCCCUUUCCCCUUGUGUCCGCCAUAUUGGACUCUAACUCUGGUCAGCGGCAGCGCCGGGCCCGGUGGACUCGCCGUUCCUGCUGCCCAGCGGCCUCUCCCGCGGCUCCCGCCCGCCCCGGCCCUGCCCGCCCGGCAGGCGACCCCGCACAGCCGCCCCCCCGCCCGCGGCCGGCCCGCAGCGCCCGCCGCCGCCUCAGCCUCCCCGCUUCCCCGCCCUCCGCCGCCCUCGCCGCCGCCGCGGCCCCGCGCCCGCUCCGCGCUCUCUCUGCCCGCCCGCCAUGAGCCCGGCCGACGCCAAGCGCGGGGCCAAGCGCCGGAAGAACAAGCGGGGGCGGCGGCCCGGGCGGCGGCGGCUCGGGCGGGGGUAACGGCGGCGCGGGCGGCGGCAAGGCCGGCCCGGCGGCGGCGCUGCGCGGCUCCCAGGCCGCGGGCCUGGCGGCCCCGGCGGCGCGGCGGGCCUGCUGGGCGGCGCGGCGGCGGCCAACGGGCCCCUAGGCGCGGGCGCGGGGCGGCGCCGCCUCCGGAGGCUACUUCGAGACUCCUUUUAGUUUUGGCAUGAAUCAUAGAACACCGCCCUAUCCUGCUGGAGAUUACUGUCUUCUGUGCAGAAGUGAACGGAAAGAUUCUUCAUUCUUAGAGAGUGGAAUUAAGACUGCUAGUAAAUUGGCUCUUUCCAUGGCCCCCAAAGGGAACAGCGUGCUGCACCUGCCACUGUGGGUGUGCCCCGACUGCCGGCGGACCGUGGAGAAGGAGGAGAGGCAUGGUGGCCUCGACCACCCCGCGCAGAGUCAAGAUUUUCUGUUGCACUCCCCUCUUGGAGGGUCUCAGCCAGAGGCAGGAGGAAGCGGGAGACUUACUCUUGGGGCUCACACACUGCCCUCCGCAGGGCUCGGCAGCUCCACAGCGUCUGACGCGACCUGUACCUGUGAGGCCUGCAGCGAGCGCAGAGAAAUUUCAGCAGAGACAGACCGAGAAUCUCAGCAGCUGCAGAACUACUGGUCAGAAGUGCGCUACAUGGUCCGGUGUGUCUACCGGCAGGCUGGAACCCCACUGGCUGAUGACCAGGACCAGUCCCUCGUCCCUGACAAGGAGGGGAUGAAGGAGCUCGUGGACAGGCUCUGCGAGAGGGACCCCUACCAGCUGUACCAGCGGCUGGAGCAGCAGGCCCGCGAGUACGUGCUGGAGAUGAAGGUGCGGCUCCUGCGGCAGCUCUCGGCCGCGUCCAGGGUGAAGGCACCCGCAGCCCUGCAGGGCCCCCCCCAGGCGCACCAGUUCAUCUCCCUUCUUCUGGAGGAGUACGGCGCCCUCUGCCAGGCAGCUCGCACCAUCAGCUCCUUCCUGGGCACGCUGGAAAAUGAACACUUGAAAAAGUUCCAGGUGACAUGGGAACUGCAUAAUAAACACUUGUUUGAAAAUUUGGUCUUUUCGGAGCCACUUCUCCAAAGCAACUUGCCAACGCUGGUGUCACAGAUCAGGCGAGGCACCACCACGCAGGAUGCCUGUCGAGAAGAUGCGUACAGCACCCUGUUACAGAGGUUCCAUCGCUCAGAGGAAGAGUUACGCAGAGUUGCCGAGGAGUGGCUGGAGUGCCAGAAGAGGAUUGACGACUACGUGGAUGAGCAGAUGACAAUGAAAACCAAACAGCGCAUGUUGACAGACGACUGGGAGCUUUUUAAACAGAGGCGAUUCAUCGAAGAACAGCUGACCAAUCAGAAGGCUGUGACGGGAGGGAACAAUGUCGCGGACACCAUGAGGCAUGUCUUGUCGUCACGGCUGAGCAUGCCCGACUGUCCCAAUUGUAACUACAGGAGAAGGUGUGCGUGUGACGACUGCAGCCUCUCACACAUCCUCACCUGUGGCAUCAUGGACCCCCCAGUCUCCGACGACAUCCACAUCCACCAGCUCCCACUCCAGAUGGACUCCACUGCUGACUACCUGUCGGAGAUGCGGCCACCCAGUGUGUCCUCCGCCAGCUCAGGCUCGGGCUCCAGCUCCCCUGUCCCCGGGCAGCAGCACCCCAGGCUCGUCCUUGCAGAUGGCAGCUCAGCGCCAACGUUUUGUAGUGACGACGAAGAUGUUGCCCCAUUGUCAGCUAAAUUUGCUGAUAUUUAUCCGUUGAAUAACUAUGAUGAUUCCGAGGUGGUGGCCAACAUGAAUGGAAUCCACAGCGAGUUAAAUGGCGGCGGGGAAAACCUGGCCCUGAAAGACGAGUCCCCUCAGGUAAGCAGCACUAGUAGUAGUUCUUCAGAAGCUGACGACGAAGAAGCAGAUGGCGAGAGUAGCGGGGAGCCACCAGGAGCCCCAAAGGAAGACAUAGCUUUAGCAAGUAGGAGUCCCAGGAAAGAGGACACUAAAGCGGACAGUCCACCUCCGUCUUACCCAGCUCAGCAGGCUGAACAACCUCAGAACACUUGUGAAUGUCACGUGUGUAAACAAGAAGCUUCUGGAUUGCCAGCAUCAGCAAUGACCGCUGGUGCCCUUCCUCCCGGCCAUCAGUUUAUGAACCCAGAGAAGCCUGCACAUCCUGCACUUCAUCUUUACCCCCACAUCCACGGACAUGUACCUUUGCAUACCAUCCCACACCUGCCUCGCCCUCUUAUUCACCCUACCUUGUAUACGGCACCCCCGUUUACACACAGCAAGGCUUUACCGCCAGCACCUGUUCAGAAUCACACAAAUAAGCAUCAGGUAUUCAAUGCAUCUCUUCAAGACCAUAUUUAUCCGAGCUGUUUUGGGAAUACUCCAGAGUGGAAUAGUUCUAAAUUUAUAAGUCUUUGGGGAUCAGAAGUGAUGAAUGAUAAGAACUGGAAUUCUGGCACUUUCUUGCCAGAUACAAUUUCUGGGAGUGAUAUAUUAGGGUCGACACUCUCGGAAACAAGACCUGAAGCUCUUCCAUCACCAUCCAGCAGCGAAACAUCUGCCCUUUCAGACAGUAAAGAGAAAAAAAACGCUGCAAAAAAGAAGUGUUUGUACAAUUUCCAAGAUGCUUUUAUGGAGGCAAACAAAGUUGUCAUGGCAACUUCGUCAGCCACCUCCUCCGUCUCCUGCACGGCCACCACAGUGCAGUCAAGCAACAGCCAGUUCAGAGUGUCGUCGAAGAGGCCUCCUUCCAUAGGUGAAGUCUUUCACAACCUCAGCCCGGAGGACCCCAGACACUCGGCUCCAGCCGCACCGAGGAGCAGCCCCACAGGGCUGGCGCCGCUUCCUUCCCUGCCCCCUGCCGCGCUUCCACCAGCCGCCACACCUCAUCUUGCAAACCUCGCAGCUCCGUCAUUCCCCAAAACCGCAGCCACAGCGCCUGGGUUCGUGGAUGCACGCAAGAGCUUCUGCCCUGCUCCCGGGGCGCCCCUGCCACCCCCCACCGACAGCUCUGUGAGUGCGCCUCCUAGCGUCUGCAGUGACCCCGACUGUGAAGGGCACCGCUGCGAGAAUGGGGUGUAUGACCCGCAGCAGGAGGAUGGGGACGAGAGCGCAGACGAGGACAGCUGCUCCGAGCACAGCUCCAGCACCUCAACCUCCACCACCCAGAAGGAGGGCAAGUACUGCGACUGCUGCUACUGCGAGUUCUUCGGGCACGGCGGGCCUCCAGCUGCUCCAACAAGUAGAAAUUAUGCAGAAAUGAGAGAAAAGCUUCGUUUACGCCUGACCAAGAGGAAAGAAGAACAACCUAAAAAAACUGAUCAGAUCUUGGAAAGGGAAAGUGUUGUUGACCAUCGAAAGGUAGAAGAUUUGUUACAGUUUAUAAACAGCUCAGAGACCAAACCAGUAAGCAGUACUCGAGCAGCCAAACGAGCAAGACACAAGCAAAGAAAGCUGGAGGAGAAAGCCCGUCUGGAGGCUGAGGCCCGGCAGCGGGAGCACCUGCACCUCCUCGAGGAGCAGAGGCGGCGGGAGGAGGAGGAGGAGGAGCGGCUCAAGGAGGAGUUCCAGCGGCUCCAAGAGCUUCAGCAGCUGCGAACUGUGAAAAAGAAGAAGAAGGAGAGGCCGAGUAAAGACUGCCUCAAGUUGGACAUGCUUGCUGGUGAUUUUCAGGCAGCAGCAGAGCCUGUGCCUGACUCUGAAAACAUCCACAAUGGCUCGCUUGAGCAAACGGAAGAACCAGAAACCUCAUCUCGCUCCCCUUCCAGACAUGUGAAUCACACAGAGCCAGGGCUGGGCCAGGGCGCCGACGGGGAGGCCACGGAGCCCAGGGACCCCAGGGACUCCAAACUCCUCCUCCCGAAGGAGGGCCACGGGAAGCAGCACGAGCCGCUCUCUUUUCUCUUUGACAUAAUGCAUCACCACAAAGAAGGAAGCAGCAAACAGAAGCUAAAGCUGGCUAGUAAGGCCAACAGCGAGGCCAUCGUGAGAAAGCCACUGGAGACCCCUAAAGCCCCAGAGGGCCCACCCAGAACCAGGCCCCAGACCGAGUCCAGGGCCAAGGUGGUCAACCUCUCAGCCCUCCCGGAGCAGAGGAGAGAAGAGAAGAGAGUCAACAGCAACAACAACAAGAGGCAGCCGAAUCACGUCAAAGAAGAGAAGGUGGCGCCAGGCCUGUCCGAGCCCCCCUCCCCCAGCGAGCUCCCGCAAAGUGGCAAGCCGGUCCCCGCCGACUCCCCCCAGCCCAAGGGCCGGAGCAAGAAGAGCAAGAAGAAGAAGGGGGACCGCGCCAGCAGCUCAAUCGACGACGUCUUUCUGCCUAAAGAUAUCGACCUAGACAGUGUGGAUAUGGAUGAGACUGAGAGGGAAGUGGAGUAUUUCAAAAGGUUCUGCUUGGAUUCUGCUAGGCAGACCCGCCAGAGACUAUCUAUCAACUGGUCCAAUUUUAGCUUGAAAAAGGCCACGUUUGCUGCCCACUGACUGAUGACCGCUGUAGGGGGACAUGGAGCCAGCCUGGCUGCGCCCUGCCAGCCCUCCCGCAGCUGCCCGGCUGGCGCGGGCUGCACCGAGCGGCCCCGGCCAAGGACCUGCCGCUGCACCCGCGUGUUAGCUCGUGUGCCGUAGUCUGUGAGUGAGACGCCGUCGACUGUAGCUCUGUGCUGUCCGCUGGGGGACAGGAGCUUCCCGCCCAUCCCUCCCGGCCGCCGUGGCCUCGGACACUUGACUCGGCUCCCGGGCCACGGCCGCGUCCUGGUGUGCCCCGCCCCGUGGCCCGUCGCCUCCGCACCGCCCCGUCCCCCUCCGGCCGCCCUGCUCCGAGCCCCCCGCCCCACGCGGACCGGGCGCUCCCGUUCUCCGCGAUCUCCUGUUGAAGAGUGUACACGCCACGCUGUCUGUGUUUGAUUUCCCUCCUGACUUGUAGCCAGCUUGUGUAAGAUCCCUCGCAAAACGAGAAAGUGAAAAAGCAAAAAAAGCACCCAGUACUCACCGUCAUCCAGUCUGUUAUAGAGUGUACAACUGUAUUAACACGGAGGCCUGCCUGGCUACUUUUUUAACAUAUUGUUAAGUAAUAUUAAAAUCAUGUCUUUCUUUUUGAAAGAUGGAAUACAUUAGUAUGCAGAA